CAAAGACUACAAGAUUCUGACUGUGGGGUUGGUCUUUCUGGUUUUGGUGUUCUGUCUCAUGAUGCCUUGGCAUGAGCCCAUAAUCCGUUGGCUCCCACAACCCCAUCCUGCUACUGAAAAUGUCUCAGAAUCCAUCGACUGGGACUCUCUCUUUCAAGAACUCCCCAACCUGACCAACUUUCUAUACUGGCCUCCAACUGGUGGACACAGGGAUGACUUUCUGGCCUCUACCAGCCCCAGAACCUCCACCUAUCACUUGAAGGGUCCUGCCCAGGCCAACUAUACUCUGGGAAGUAACCUAGAGGCCAUCCUUGUGGCUAGGGAUCACUGGGGUAAGCCCAAGUCUCAUGGUGGAGAUCUGUUUCGGGCACAGCUGCUGGGCCCAGAAUUGAGAGCAGGAGUCCCAGGGGAGGUGAAGGAUCUGGAGAAUGGUACUUACCUCUUGUCCUUCCCCCUGCUCUGGGCUGGAUGGGCCCAGGUGCAAGUGCGGCUGAUCCACUCCAGUGAGGCAGUUGGGGUCCUGCAAAGAGUCUGGAGAGAAAAACGAGCCACUGUUGAUUUUAGAGGAUAUUUCCGGGGAACAAAUGGCUCUCAAGAGACUGUCAUCUGCAAUGUGGACCCCCAGUCAACUGGAGCCAAAGGGUCUACCUGCCAGUACAAGGAUGUGGUUUCUGGGGAGAUCUGGUACUGUGCUCAACCUCCUACUUUGCCCUGCAAUGCUUUAGUGGGUCACUCAAGUGGAAGUUAUCUGAAGGUGACCACGCCACAUGAUGAGGCUCUGCUUGCUGGGAAUGUGACUGAUCAGAAACUCCCUUCAGGCAUACCUCCAAUCCUGGUCCUACCAGCAGCCCAGGGGAACGUGAGUAAAAUGGCCUUGCCCUCAAGACCCCCAUGCCGCCCUGGCCACCUGUCUCCAAAACCCUCUGGCUUCUACCACCAAGACAGAUGGCACUCAACAUUCUGUUCUAGCCGCUCUUUCCCCACUGUGGACAGCAUCCUGAACUGCCUGGCUGGCCGCAUUGUCUACAUGAUGGGGGAUUCCACACUUCGGCAGUGGUGGGAGUAUCUGCGAGACACAGUGCCCUCCCUCAAGCCAGUUGAU